AUGGAUCGAUGUUGUCGGCUAAACGUCGGCGUCUUGUGUCUAUCAUACUUCAUCACGGUCAGCCUUGUCGUCUUUACGCGAUCGGACGGCAGAUAUCUCCGGCCAUCGGACCACGGCUUAGCGUAUCAAGAACCUUCCGCACAGCCCGCCGCUAAAGGCGACUCCCCGCCGGAAAUGCUCUCUUUUUUCAACGGCGGGAAUUCUUCGCCAGCGUUACCCGAGGCCAGGAACUUCACCGACGCCAGGGGCGGAAUUGGCGGCCAAACUUGGUGGAACGAUCGGGAGAGGAGGAUGUCACGCGACGCGCACAGGAAGCGCGUGAGGGAGGUGUUGCUGAUCACCAGCCUGGUCUGUGGAUUGGCCGGAGUCGUACUGCUGGCUGCGUCGGCGUUUGUGUUGGUAGUAAGGUACAGAAGGCAACGGCAGCCACCGCCGCCGACGCUGUCGCCGCCACCGCAGCAGCUGGGGGUGGAAUGGUCAAAGCAAAAGUCGUUGUCGACUCGCGAAUCCACGUCAGCGUUAGCCAAUACUGCUGCUUGGAAAUGA